GCUCGAGGCGAAUCCCACAGACAUAUAAAUAACCGCAUAAUAAUAUAGCAUAAUUAACUGAAUGCAGAAAAGGUACGAGAACGUACCCUGGCCCAGGGGGGCGCCCUCGGAUGGAUGGAUGAGCUGGUCGAGCUAAUGAUCAAGUCGUCGUGGUCCCGGAUCCGAAAAGCGACAUGUAGGCCGAGACAUAAUGGCUCGUAGGCCGAUACGCAGCACGCAGGCCGGAUAACACAGAUAGCUCGUAAUCAUAAGAGAUGCACAGAGUGAAACCCAACGACUCAAUGGCCGGAACAACCUCGGCUCGAUGGCCGAACCCAACCUCGGCGCGAUGGCCGGAAUAACCCAAAUAGUAUCGAGCUGCGGCUAUCUGGAAGGUGACGAUAUCCACUAAAGACAGCGGCAGUAGAUGCGAGAUGGGGAAGAUGCGGCUGUCGGCGGCGACUGUGGCCGCGGGAAAAGGCAGCGUUGGCUGCCGGUGGCGGCUAUGGACGCGGGGGAAGGCAGCAGUGGCUGCCGGCGGCGGCUGUGGCCGCGGGGGAAGGUUGCUGUGCGCGCGGAGGCUGCCGGCGAGAGGGCUGCUGUGCGCGCGGAGGCUACCGGCGAGGAUCUGCUGUGCGCGUGGUGGCUGCCGGCGAGGAAGGCUGCUGUGCACGCGGAGGCUGCCGGCGAGGAGGGCUGCUGUGCGCGCGGAGGCUGCCGGCGAGGAGGCCGGAGGCAGUGCUGA